AUGUCACUGCAAGCAAAAGACAUCCCUCCGAAGCUAACAAGCUCUUUUACUCCACCAGUGUCUAGAUUCCAAUCUCAAAUCAGCCCUGACCCCUCAGCGGAAUUUUGCUCGGAGAUUGGGCGUUAUGCCCUGUAUAUCCAUCUUGGGUGUCCUUGGGCACAUCGAACAAAUAUAGUAUACCGCCUCAAACAACUGCAGGAGAUAGUGGACCUUAGUGUUGUAUCUAUCCAUCGAGGUGGUACCAAUGGCUGGACGUACGAUAGUACGGGAGGAUCUGAAACCAUUGACCACGUGGAAGGUUUUCACAACUUCCGAGAAAUGUACGAAAAGGCGGAUCCUGAAUAUGAAGGGAGUUACUCUGUCCCGGUGCUCUGGGAUCGGAAAAGUAAGACAAUCGUCAACAACGAUAGUGUACAGAUCAUGCGAAUUUUAUCCUACUCUUUUGACGAAUUCCUUGCCCCCGAGAUGAGAGAAAUCAACAAGCCUGCCGGAGGAUUGCGGCCAGUGAGUCUGGCUGGCGAAAUCGACCAUCUUGGAGACAGUAUUGAAUCCGAUGUCAAUUGGGGAACAUACAAAUGUGGUAUGGCACAAACGCAGGAAGAUUAUGAUUUGGCAAUGGAACUGUUGUUCGUCAAAUUUGAGGAACUUGAAGGCAGACUCGAGGACAGAAAGUACUUGUUUGGAGAUCAUAUCACAGAGACAGAUAUCAGACUUUUCCCUACGGUGAUUCGUUUCGACAUGGCAUACUAUACUAUAUUCAACUGUAAUUGGAAACAAAUUCGACACGACUAUCCAAAUCUGCACCGUUGGCUAAGACACAUUUACUAUGAAGUCGAUUGCGAGACUAAAGAUGCAUUCAGAAGUACAACCCACUUUGAAAUAUUCAUGGAAGGCUAUGCAUUAUCAGCUAUGAGAAUGAAACUUGUACCAUGGGGGCCUGCGGUUCCGAUAAUGCCGUUGGAUGCCUAG